AUGGGGGACAUCGAUGAUGGCGAGGUGUAUGCAGCGAUGAGUGUGGGGCCUGAUGCAGUGCCUCAGCGCCGGUCACGGCUGCGCCUUCGGCAGCUGGACGAGGACGAGCAAGAGGCUGCGGGCAAGUUGGUGGAGCGGCUGGCUGCGAGGCUAGCUGCCAAGAUAACGGACGCUGAUGACUGGGAGGAGGCGGAGGGCUACAUCACAGCCCUCCCGUAUGCGCUGUACGAUCAGCUGCAGCCUUACUCCCAGACACAGCACCCCGCCCAACCUCACUCACAGCGCCCGCAGCAGCAUCCAGACGUGCGUCCUGACCGGCGACAGGAGCCACACCAAGGUCCAGCGCAGGCCGUGACGCAAGACGGUCAGCGCCAAGGUGGCAGCCGUUCACGUCGUCGCCGUGGUCACUCCGGUGGUGGCAAGGGGCGCCGGCGCACACGUCCGCCCCGUGUGACACGUCAUCACCGUGAGCACCGGCUUGACGAGGCUCUGGACGCCAUGCAUGCUGUCCAGCGCAGCGAGCCGGGCAACCGCAAGGUUGUGGCCAAGGCACGUCGUCGUGUGGGGGAGGAUCAACUCCUCCAUUUCGCAGCAACGCCUCCGCCACCUCUUCGAGACUUCGGAGAAGGUGUGUGUUGA